UUGGUACCGUGUUUUUUCUUCAGGUCUGCUGGUUCUAGUACCCCGGAUCUGUUCCCGUGUGAAAGGCCGGGUUGUGGGGGGCAGUUCAAGUGCGUUCGUCAUGUCUCGUUUGUGGAUUGUCCAGGCCACGAUAUUCUUAUGGCAACGAUGUUGAACGGUGCAGCUGUUAUGGAUGCAGCGCUGCUGCUAAUCGCCGGCAAUGAGUCCUGUCCACAGCCACAAACAUCCGAGCAUUUGGCUGCUGAGAGUCAGGCGCGUGAGCAGUAUGAGCAGAUUCGUAAUUUUGUGCAAGGAACUGUAGCCGAUGGUUCACCAAUAAUUCCAAUAUCAGCACAGCUGAAAUAUAAUAUCGACGUUGUUUGUGAGUACGUAUGCAAAAAAGUGCCAGUUCCAAUGCGUGACUUCACAUCACCGGCUCGAUUAAUUGUUAUCCGUUCGUUUGAUGUGAACAAGCCGGGUGCUGAGGUCGAGAAUCUCAAAGGUGGUGUUGCUGGUGGCUCUAUCAUCCGAGGAAUUCUGCGUGUUGGACAGGAAAUUGAGGUACGACCAGGGAUUGUUUCGAAAACAUCCGAUGGGCGAGUGCAGUGUCGACCAAUCUACUCACGUAUCGUAUCGUUAUUUGCUGAACAGAAUCAACUGCAAUAUGCCGUACCUGGAGGACUGAUUGGUGUUGGUACGCAAAUCGAUCCGACAUUAUGCCGUGGUGAUCGUUUGGUUGGGCAUGUUUUGGGCGCAGUUGGAACUUUGCCAGAAAUCUUUACGGAAAUCGAACUUGCUUAUUUCCUGCUGCGAAGGCUGCUUGGAGUGCGUACGGAGGGCGGCAAAAAAGGGGCGAAAGUGCAAAAACUGAGCAAGGGUGAAGUGCUGAUGGUUAAUAUUGGCUCGCUCUCAACUGGUGGUCGUGUAAUUGCUGUUAAAGGUUGUUUUAUCGUAAUAGCUUAAAU